UCAUGUUUACUAUAUUUGACAGACGAGACACGCAUAGCAAAACAUGAUAAAUUGACACCAAACUUUACCAACCAAAUUCCCAAGGUCACACAGCCGAAAUUAGAAUGAUUUUCAAUAUUUUGCAUUAUUCAUUUCGUAGUUGUAUAUUACCGUGUAACAAUCAACUGCAUCAGUUGACACAAAUUUUAACUCAACCUAAAAGCAUAAGUAUUUUGUCAAACAAAAACAAUGGGUAACUUGUUUACAAUAAAUAUGGAAGCUAAUUUCAAAAAGAAUCAAGAAUUUAUUCAGAGUAUGGCGAAAAUAAAGAUGGAACAACAAAUUCAAUUGCAAUACCAAUUACAAGAACGACAAAUAGCCAUGCAAAUUGCGAAAAACAGAGAUCUUUGUCUUUGGUUUACAGCAUUUUAUGUCACUGCUGCGACUGGUCUUAUAACUAGUUAUAAAAAAACUAAAACACCAAUUUAUUUGGCGCCGUUAUUACCAUUGACAUUCGUUGCUCUUUACAAUUGGGAUUUAGCUUAUGGAAAUAAAAUUCAUAGAAUAAGAAGUGAAGCUGAGCACAUUCUUACACACGAAAAAGAAUUAUUGGAAGUACCUUGUGGUCUACCUACUCCUUCUUCAGUUGAUGUUGCACGCAUAGAUACUGAAGACAAGAAUAAAUUGCACCCGCCGUUGCUUGAUUGAACAUGA